CCAUUGUUGUCUCUCUUUUUCUCUCUACCUAGUUGUCGUCUCCUUCACUCUCUUAACCAAGCUGAUAUACGUAUAAAUAGUCCAAAGUUGCUAACAAAACUACCCAUUCGGUCCACUGCUAAUGCUAGCUAGCUACCCUCAUCCCAUUGCCUUUGAAUUAUUUGAAAACAGGAAAGAUCCUAAUGGAGCUUCAACUUGAGCUAGCGCUUUGUGUAUCAGAUCCCACCAGAGGUUUCGACCUGAACAGGGCUGCGUGUGAUGGAAAAGAUGUGUUUGGUUCAGAUCCAAGGAGCUGUCUGCGUGCAGAAAGUACAAGCCAUGGUAGACACAAGCGUGGAUAUGAAGAUGCUUUCUUUAAGAGCAAAGACUCGUUUAAAGAGCUGUCUUUGCUGCUGUGGAGCGGUCACCCAAACAAGGAAGACGAUGACUGGAAGGACACCAACCAGAGAAGCUCUUGUGCUCUACACAUCAGAAAUGCUGAAGAGGAGAACAAAGUUAUGGGUUGGCCGCCCAUUAAAUCAUGGAGGAAAAAGUACCUUCAUGAACUGCAACAGGAUGGCUUUGGUUCUGAUCAGAUACCAAAUCACUAUUGGAUGGAAGAGGAUGAAGAUGAUGAAAUUGUUUUUAACCCAAAAUAUGUGAAGGUGAAGAUGGAAGGGGUGCCAAUAGCAAGGAAGAUUGAUGUGGGGCUGUAUAGCUCUUAUCAGACGCUGAAAACUGCCUUGAUCCACAUGUUUUCCGAUUCUUGCUAUCAAAAGUGUGGGAGCAGUAAUGCCAACUUAACUCUCACCUAUCAGAACAAAGAAGGAGAUUGGCUGCUUGCAGGAGAUCUUCCAUGGCAGACGUUUCUUGAGUCAGUACAGUGCAUGAAGAUCAUAAGAAGACAACCAUCAAACUAAUGGAAGAAAUCCUCAUGUGAUUGCUGCUUGUAAGUUUAUUAUGUUGCUUGUAUGAUAGUAUUUUGAGACCCAUCUGCAAAAGUUAAUCAAAUGGGUGAGAUUUUGGAUGUCACUCCAAGAUUAUCAUUUGAUUGGCCAAUUUCAAUGGUUAACAUUAUGCCAUCUAUAUGUAUCCUGUUCCGCUCAAUAAAUAAUUAAUGAAAUCGAGAUCGAGAUGUUGGUGCCUAA